GCCUCCCGGUUGGCGCGAUGGCUAGCGGCGGCGCCGCGAAGCCCAGCGGCCAGGCGGCUUCUCCCGCGCCGGGCGCCGUCGGCGGGGCCGGCGCGCAGCCGCGGAAGAGGCUGGUGACCGUGUGCGACCUCUGCAAGGCCAAGAUGCAGCUGGUGGCCGACCUGCUGCUGCUGUCCAGCGAGGCCCGGCCGGUACUCGCCGAGGGCCCCGCGGGCGCCGAAUCCUUCGAGCAGUGCCGGGACUCCAUCAUCGCGCGCACCAAGGGUCUCUCCAUCCUGACGCACGACGUGCAGAGCCAGCUCAACAUGGGCCGCUUCGCCGAGGCGGGCGACAGCCUGGCGGAGCUGGGCGAGCUGGUGGUGGCGCUGACCGAGUGCUCGGCCCACGCGGCCUACCUGGCGGCUGUGGCCACGCCGGGCGCGCAGCCCGCGCAGCCGGGCCUGGUGGACCGCUACCGCGUGACGCGCUGCCGCCACGAGGUGGAGCAGGGCUGCGCCGUGCUGCGCGCCACGCCUCUGGCCGACCUCACGCCGCAGCUGCUGCUCGAGGUGUCGCAGGGGCUGUCGCGCAACCUGCGGCUGCUGACGGACGCGUGCGCGCUGGCCAGCGACGGCUCCCGGGACCGCUUUGCGCGCGAGCAGUUCAAGCUGGGCGUCAAGGGCAUGAGUGCCAGCGCCUCGGCGCUGCUGGCCUGCGUGCGCGAGGUGAAGGUGGCGCCCAGCGAGCUGGCGCGCAGCCGCUGCGCGCUCUUCUGCGGGCCGCUGGUGCAGGCCGUGGGCGCGCUGGUGGGCUUCGCCACCGAGCCACAGUUCCUGGGACGCGCGGCGGCCGUGAGCGCCGAGGGCAAGGCGGUGCAGACCGCCAUCCUAGGGGGCGCCAUGAGCGUGGUAUCGGCCUGCGUGCUCCUGACCCAGUGCCUCAGGGAUCUGGCCCAGCACCCCGAUGGGGGCGCCAAGAUGUCAGACCACAGGGAGAGGCUGCGGAGCUCGGCCUGCGCCGUGUCUGAAGGCUGCACCCUGCUAUCUCAGGCUUUACGGGAGAGGUCUUCGCCCCGGACUUUACCGCCAGUGAAUUCCAAUUCUGUGAAUUAGCGCUUCCCGACUCCUGCCCCAGGCCGAAAGAAGAUGGUUGGCUACUCUGCGCUCCCCCCCCCCCUCCAUGUAUACCAAAGAGAUCCUGAGUGCAACCCUCCCUUUCCCUCCGACGCUGUGGAGGAGUCUCUGAGGGCAGGGCCGUGUGCCCCGCUCCUUGCCCCUGCUCCCCUCACUCCUGCGCGGAGGCCCGUGUGUCCCUGCCGGGCCCGGGAAACUCAAGAUGGCAAUCUUGGUGGCAGCGUCGCCCCUCAUCCGGCACACCAACUGCAUAUCAUUGGGCGGGAAGGUGGUCAUGGGUUCAUUUCUUUUUUUUUUUUUUUUAAUCAAAAGAAAGGUUACCUCAGUUUUCACUCCUUAGACAUGGAUGUAGCUACCUUUUUUGUAUGUCGUUAUUUUUUGUUGUUGAAUUAGGAGUAUACUUGGUGUGGAAAGUAUGACUUUGCCAUGUGGUUUGAAAAUGGGGGGAGAGCUACUGUGAGCGUGUGUUUUAUUUUAUAAUUACACUAUAGAGUGAUUUUUUUUUCCCCCAAUGUCAAGUUUUUACCUUGCAUGUACUGGAGUAUUUAUUUCAUCUAUUAAAUUGUUAUGUUUCUCA